AUGCCAGGUCUCACCUCAUUCCCCCCCUUCCCGGACAACGUCCCAACACACCCCCUCCUCAUAAUCGACUACGCUCUCCUGAAAGCAGGCGACGAAGCAGAGAUCGCCACACUCUGGAAGGCCGCUACCGAGCUUGGAUUCUGGUAUCUCAAGAACCACGGCGUAGACGAGGAGGCGAGCGGGAUGUUCGACAUGGGAGCCGAGACGAUGGCCUUGCCGCUCGAAGAGAAGCUCAAGUUCGAGCAAGGCGAGGAGGGCAUGUCCUUCGGGUACAAAGCCGCAGGCGCGAACGCGACGGACGAAAACGGCACGCUGGACACAGUCGAGUUCAUCAACGUCUCCAAAGACGACGUCCUCGCCUUCCCAACGCCCAUCCACCGCACCUACCCCUCGACCGUCACCGCCCGCAUGGCCUCCACCAUCUCCCUGUUCGUUCGCAAGUCGCUCGAGGUGAACGACACCCUCCUCGAGAUACUCAAUGAUCGUCUUGGAUUGCCGAAGGGCACGUUGGCGAGUAUGCAUGCGAUGGAGGAGACGAGCGGGAGCGAGGCGAGGUGCAUCAAGAACCCGCCUCGUCCUGGUGGGAUCUCUGAGGAGAAGGCCGCUAUCGGUGCUCACACCGAUUUCGGCUCAUUAUCGUUCCUGCACAACCGUCUGGGCGGCCUGCAAGUAAUGGCCCCAGGCACUGACAAAUGGCAGUACGUAAAGCCAAUACCGGGCCACGCAAUCUGUAAUCUAGGAGACGCCAUGACCAUCUUCAGCGGUGGAAUCCUCAGGUCCAACCUCCACCGAGUCGUUCCUCCCCCCGGCGCACAAUCCCACCUCGAGCGCUGGUCCCUAGUCUACUUCACCCGCCCAUCCGACUCCGUCCUCCUCGAAGCCCUAACAGACCAGAGCCCCAUGAUCGCCGACGCGGUGUCCAGAGCCGAGAACGCGAGCAUAUUCCGGACGGGACAGACGUCGAAGGAGUGGUUUGCGAGGCGGAUCAGGAACCAGCGUACCAAGAACCGGAAAGUGAGCUGUCGUGUUGAUCGUGGUGGGUCGGAGACUUGGCGGGCGAGUCGUGGGACGGAACAUCGUCCUGAUGCGGCUUAG